AUGAACAAGCUCAUCGACGAGACGUUUCCAAUCCGUGCGACUACUCGGGUUUGCAGGCAGAGAUUUCGGGACUGCGCCAGUCAGCCCCUUCUAGCCCAGGGCCACUGGGCAGAAAACCGCCUCAGUGAAUUCAACCGGUGGGAUUCCGGAGUUGGUGCCAGCGCAAACAAUUCAAACAGUCUGGAUAAGCGUUUAGAGCGUAACUUAUCAGCACACAAGGUCGUCCUCGGCGCACUGGCUGUUCUUGCAGUAUGGAUAACAAAGUGCAGCGAGCUGGCAGAAGGCACCACAUCAGUCACAUCACCUACCGAUUCACUUAGCCAUCGACCCGCUCAAGCCUCCGCUUUAAGCAGUGAACCAAAUACAGAAAGAUCUGAAACAUCGACUUUGAGCGAAGCUAAGGGGAAGGUUGAAGGCUUACUCAAGAGUCUCGCUGACCUAGCGAUCGCAAUAAGAAGGGCUGGGACAGUGUCUCGCCUGAGAAGAGCAGAUCGCACAUUUGACGGUCACAAGGAUAAGUAUCAAGAACUUUCGGAGCAUCUUGAAUUCAUUCUGAGGGUUUCUGAGUUUCCUCGAUUUAUUCAACCUACGUCAAGUGAAACCUCGGCUGGUGAUGACACCGGUGAAAUUGAUGUCAGGUCAGCACUCAUUCAAUUACGAGGGCGCGAUGCCUCCUUGCGUAUUGAGCAGCAGAUACUUGUCCUUGCCAACCUAAAACGACACCACCGUUUCCUUUUCUACAGGGGCCGUCAGAAGCAGUUACUGCCAGAGCAGCCGCCGAAGGGACAGAGUCUACCUUUUCAGUUGAGGUCGCCGCUCCCUGACCCCUCGCUUCGUCCUCAUCACAUUGAGGAGCGAGCCGAGAUACCGUCACAAGUCUCUACAGAUGCACAUGUUCGUGUUCCACCUGCCCAAUCCCAGCAGUAUUCUGUGGGUACCACAAAUAAGGCAUCCGAUUAUGCACCCAGCUUAUCAUUAGAGAAAGACGUCCAGGUGACACAGCCUAAGGUAGCAGCAACGACAAUUGCUCUUCGUGCUGACUAUCCCAAACCACCGAGAGACAAUACUAAGUGUCCCUACUGCUUGAUACCCCUGGAGAGUGAAGCUGAAGAUUUAAGCCAGUGGAAGAAACAUGCCUCGGAAGAUCUUCAGCCCUAUACGUGUUAUCUACCGAUAUGCCCACAAGAUCAUCCUUUUUUCUCUACAUUUGGUGCUUGGAAAGCACACGUCACAUCAAACGAACAUCGACAGUUUGAAGGAUGGACCUGUCUACUUUGCAACUUUUCGUCGAAACCAACAGAAGAAUCAGCCUUCCUGGACCACAUUCGCGAUGAUCACGCUAACGCUAUUGCGGAAGAAGCUAUGAUAGAUUUCGCGACCAUGUGCCGUCGAUACAAUGUUCCCACUUUGGACCGGUGUCCGGUAUGCUCAACACUUGAGAAGGAUUGGGGGGUUCGAAAAUCCAAAGAUCGCAACUUUGAUCGAGAUGCCACUUCAUUUUUGGAACAUCUAGGCCAGUGUCUACACUCUUUCUCUUUGAGGGUGCUCCCAGAGACUGAGCCGGAAAAGGCCAAUAAUGAGACUGGUCAAAAAUUAACUGAGGUUUCGCACUUUGAAGACCGAUCAUGGCCGUCGGGCUCUUUGCGUGUUUCACAUCAUACAGACGGUGGACUGACAGAAACUGAUUUGGCAGUGUUCUCGGAAGUCAAAUCGAACAACCAGGUUGACAAUCUUGUGAGCAUACAAACUUGGCUGGCACUCUUGGAAGAGACAUCCUUCGAAGAGGAAAAGGCCGCAGCACACGAAAGCCAGAUCGAACUCACCCCACAACAGAAGCGUUCAUUGAUGUUUUUUAGCUUCGCCGAUAAGAUCUUGCAUGAUAUGGCCAAGGCCGAUGAGGUGUUCAUGGAUGCGGCCAGGCUAGACACGCCGAGUUCACGCGAAGAGUACAGGAUAGCUUGUUUCUGCUCGACGGAGGUGGAACUACGAGCAGCAUGGGAAAUGCUCGAAGAGCGACACCCGCCCCUUCCGACCAAUCAAAACCGCAUAGACUAUGCCUUGGGGAAGCUGGGAGGACAUAACGUCGUUAUAGUGUCGCUGCCUAGUACUCCCUCACUUCGGCCCACAGAACUGUCAGAAGAAUUUCCCGCUCUUCGUUUCUACUUCUUCGUGGGAUUAGCCGGAGGUGUACCACGCGGGAAGAAUGGAGAUGAUAUUCGACUUGGCGAUGUGGUUAUCGCCUAUCCGGUUGGCACCUCCUCCGGGGUUGUGAAAUUGGUCUUGGGCGACAACUCGACCAGAGUUCAGCGAGUGUUGCGGCCACUGCCAGCCGUACUCCGACAAAACAUCGAACUAUUGGCCGGCGACUCCCUUAGAAUGGGUUCACGAGUUUCAAAGAUCUUGUCCGAGAUGGUGCAAAAACGUCCUGAAAUGGAGGGCGAAUACUCCUUCCCUGGUCUUUCACAUGAUCGGCUGUUUCAAGCCGAUUAUCCUCAUUCCGGUGCUGGAGAUUGCCAAAACUGUGACAAGAACAAGAUUAUUGAGAGGCACGAACGCCGACUUCGAAGCCCUAUGCUUCAUUACGGCACCAUUGGCUUGACUAGUCAUCUUCUUGAGGAUGCUAUCCGGCGAGACAGCGUGACCCAGUUAGCCGACGUCAAGUGUAUAGGAAUGGACACAGGGUGGCAACUGAUCAAAUUCCCUACAGCCCUGGUCAUAUGUGGCAUAAGCGACUAUGCAGACUCGCACAAGAAUGCCAGGUGGCAGCCGUAUGCGGCAGCUUCUGCAGUUGCAUAUCUGAAAGAACUUCUAUCUAUAAUUUCGCCUGCGAUGGUAGAAUAUUCUCUUGUAGUCGCUGAUGUUCUCUUCCUCUUUCUGACGUUCGAAAUAGGACUGUGUCUCUUCGACGCCCCGAUGUUGGAGGACCGUUUCCGUGUUAAUCGUCGGAGCGAGAUCGAGCAGAUCGCAAACUUACUAAAGCAUGAAACGACCCCACUGAGUCCAAAGUACCUUGCUGUUGCAGGGCCCGAGGGCACCGGCAAGACCCAGCUGGCCAUUGCGUAUGCCGAACGAUACCAGCAACGUUACACAUCCAUCCUCUGGCUGGAUGCUAGCUCUGAACAAAGACUUGGACUCAGCAUUCGUCGUUGCGUGGACCUUAUCCUUUCUCGAGGCGCUACAAAUAACAUGAACGAACCUGAAAUCCGCAACUGUUUUUUUGAAUGGCUUGAGAGAAGCGAUAACGGCCGGUGGCUACUCAUAUUCGAUGACUACAAGGACGACCUAUUCUACGGAGCUCAACUCGUGUCAUACUUUCAAGGUGUCGCACAUGGCUCCAUCCUCGUCACCGCCCGGAACCAAGAACAGGGGAUUGGGCAGUCCAUCCUACUGCGCUCAAUGGGGAGCGAAGAUGAGGGUGCCAAAGUUCUGUUAAGAAGAGGCGCUUUCGCAGGUAUUAAAAUCUGCCCCAUUACUGUGCACUAUGGGUCUCUAGAAGUUGCCCGGGCGGUUAGAGUGCUCGGCGGGCGCCUUUUCUGUCUUGCCAUAGCUGGGGCCUUCGUUUCUCAGGCCUAUUUGACCUUCAGUUUGUAUUCCAAUUUAGUUCAAGAGCGGCUGGGCGUUCACCGUAGAUACCCGGCGAAUAUUGCAAACCGCACGAUUGCCGUUCUGGAUAUUUCAUUCGAAUACAUGCAAAAAAGAUUUCCGCAUGCUGCACAGUUGAUCAGCUUUUUCGGUUACCUUGAUCGGCACGAUAUCUGGUUUGAACUUUUACAAAGUUGCCGACACCACGAUCAACCACAGUGGUUUAGCGAACUAGUCAAUGACAGAUCUAGGUUCGGGGAAGCGAUGCGAAGCCUCAUACAAUUUGGUCUGGUAGAGAUGAGUCAUCAAACUGGCUCGUAUAGUCUGCACUCAUGUGUAUACGACUGGGUCCUGAAUAAGCUCAACAGAGAGAUUGACGAGCAACAAUACUGGCUCGCUCUCGACUGUGUUGUCAGCUCCCGUGCGGACGUAUGGUUGACCACUUACCACGAGCGGCUGAUCAGUCAUGCUACAUGGCUCGCACAUGACAGAUUUCAGGUUCUGAUAAAGCAUGCACCGAGGGAGAGUAUCAAAAUGGCAAAGAAAGUGUAUCUCACAGUACUCAGUAGUUAUGAAACGAUGCUACCUGGGGUCUGGGACGAUCCAGAAAACGCUCGUGUUACGCGACGCCUUGUUGAGCUGUACUCUAAUCAAAACAAAGUGCACGCAGCUGGAGAGAUAUAUGAACGAGCGCUUCGUUGGUACGCAAACACGCUCGGAGAACACCAUCCGGAGUCGCUGUCUGCAAUGUCGGAUUACGGCUCGUUUUGUCUUGACCACGACCAGCUCGAAAGAGCGGAAGGGCUCUUCCGGAAAGUCCUUGUUGGGUACGAGAAGACGCGAGGACCAGACGACCUGUCAACUCUUGAUUCCAUGAAAUCUCUCGCCAGCAUUUGCAACCGCCGAUCCAAGUACAACGAAGCAAAAGAAAUGUAUCAAAAAGCUCUCUCCGGCUACGAGAAGACGCUAGGAGCGCACCACGCGGCAACACUUUUAACAAUGUUAGAUCUCGCCAAAAUUUGUCGUGAUAUGGACGAGCUAGAUGAAGGAGAAGCGCUCUGCACACAAGCCAUUCUUGCUCUUGAGAAGACGCAAGGCGAAGAGAGCCCGCAAACCAUUCCUGUGAUGACAUUGUUGGGCGAUAUAUAUCGCGAGCAAGGUGAUACGGAUCUGGCCGCGGGGAUGUAUUGGCAAACUUUUGCUCUGUCUGGAAAGGCCCUAGGGCCUGAUCACCCAUCAACACUGUCGGUGAGAGUGGCACUCGGCAACAUUCUCUUUGGUCAAAAUAAUCUUGACCAAGCCGAGGAGAUGUAUUCAUCUGCCCUCAAGGGAUACGAGAAGACCCACGGAGCAGCUGCUCGGACAACUCUCGACGCGGUUUUGAAGUUAAGCAUGGUAUAUCGUGGGCAGAAAAGGAUUAAAGAAGCGUGUGAAAUGGCCCGGCGUGCUCUAGAGGGCUAUGAGAAGAUUUUGGGCCCUGAAGCGGCUGAGACUCGAGAGAUUGCAAGUGUUUUGAAAGACUUAACAUUGACGGUAACAUAG